AUGUCUUCGUUAAGUGAUCAAUUAGCUCAAAUUGCAGCUAAUAACUCUACUGUUGCCCUCGACAGAAAGAGGAGACAGAAGCUGCAUUCUGCAUCUUUAAUUUACAAUUCCAAGACUGCAGCCACCCAGGAUUACGAUACCGUUUUCGACAACGCAAUCAUCGCACUGGAUAGCUUAAUUGAGCUUGAUUCCCGUUUUGAACUUUUUAAGAAGACAUUGUUUUCUGAGACGUCGAUAAACAUUGACAGAAACGUCCAGACAGAGGAAGAAAACAACAGUCUAAAUAAAGCAAUCAAUGGUUAUUUACUAUUGGCUUCUUCGAUGUGGCAUUUGACCCCUACGCUACAUGCUACUGAAUGGCUGGUUAGAAAAUUCCAAAUACAUAUUUUGAACGCUGAAAUGUUACUAUUAACUACAUUAAACUACUACCAAACACCAGCUUUUAAAAGAAUAUUGAACAUUAUUAAGCUACCGCAUCUUUUUGCCCCUCUUUCUACGUACACUAAAGGUGAUAAAAUUCCAACCAAUCUGACAAUUGUUAAGCUUUUUAAUGAUUUAGAUUUUUUGAAAUUGUACGUUAACCACAUGAGCGGUUGUAUCAAUCAAACCACAACCUACACAAACCAAUUGCUCUUUACAACAUGCUGUGUUAUCAACGUAAUUGCGGCAAAUUCAACCAACGAGCCGAAGUUGAACCUGCUAGUUCCACUUCUGCUGGAACUGGCUGCCAAAUUAUUGAGUGCUGACUCAGUGGAUUGUCAAAUUGCAGCCCAUACAAUUCUGGUUGUGUUUGCCACUGCACUACCUUUGUCUAAAACACUAAUCUUGGCCGCUACUGAAACAAUUUUAGCCAAUCUGGAAACCGAAUCUGCCAAAAAAUCUGCAUUAAUUGCUAUAUGCAAGCUAUUCCAAACUCUAAAUGGCCAAGGAAAUAUCGACCAACUCCCAGCAAAACUUUAUCAGUUGUUUGACAAAAGGUUUUCCUUUGGAUUUCUUAACAAGUUUUUGAUGGAAGAGGACGUUGCAUGUGAUAAGUUUAUCACUUCAUAUGUGAGGGCUAUUGCAAGAUAUGACCAUUCAAAACUGUCUUUGAUUGUCAAGUUAUUGAAAAUAUCACACUUAGAAAACUACGAAUUGAGAGCUGUCAUUAUAGACUCCAUUCAUUUGUCUGAAUUGCUAGAAGACAAGUCCCAACUUAUUGAAUUGUUUGAAUACUUCAUCUCCAUCAACGAGAAACUCGUCACGAGCUGUUUGAAAGCCUUGAGUGUUAGCCCUGAAAUUUUUGAAAUAAGAUUAACAACCUCUUUAUUCUCUUCUCAUAACAUGACCUCCCAGACUGUUACAGAUUUGGAAGCUGAAAGUAUUGUAGGGAAAAACAAUGACAUACCAGAUUUCAAGACAUUUAUCGACAAGAAUUCUAAAACGGUGUAUACAAAAGCGACUUCACUGCUUAGUGAAUCGGAUGAGAUUUUCAACAAAUUGUUGUCGCUGUUCACCGAAGCUGUUGGGAAAAAAUACUCCGCUGGCCAAUUCUUAAAUGUUUUCUUCACCACUUUAGAAGCGAGAAUUACAUUUCUGUUGCGAGUCAUUGUUUCACCAGCUGCACCAAUCGCUGUAAGACACAUCGCUUCAUCCAACAUAUCGAAAUCGCUAAACAAUAUUGACAAAGAGUCCAAUCUUUUUACUCUUGUUCCAUGUCUCAUUGUUGCGUUAAGUGAUGUUUCUAAAAAUGUGAGAAUUGGUGUAAAGAAAAUUCUUUCCCAAAUUGCCAAAAGACCUUUCACCAAGCAUUAUUUCUUCUCCAAAAAAAUCUACGGAGAGAAAACCUCAUUGCCGCUGUUGGCCCCAAAAGACGGGGAAACUUGGUUAAAGAACUUUUUAGAAAACUACAUUGUCGAUAAUUACGACCUCUCACGGUUUUUCAUUCCAAAAAAAAAUGACAAAAUUUAUCUAUUGUUUUGGGCCAACAAUGCUCUAACCAUUCCUCUUCCAUAUGGAAAAAUUUUCUUACUAAGAGCACUCAAUAAAAGUACGUCUUCUCCAAGCAGUUACUCCCAGCUCUUUGAAGGCUUUAUUUCCAUAUAUCUAAAUGAGAGAGACCACUGGGAAACUGGAUGCAAACUUAACAAAACAAGUUUCUACGAAUUUGAAAAGUCUAUAGUGAACUUGAUAUCGUUAAAGGAAAAAAACCAGUUCAUGAUCGAGUUUAUAAUUAAGUCGUUGAACUCUGAAUAUGAGCAAUUGUCCAAUCUGGUUGCCGAAAAGGUGCUUUCAGUAUUUGACUCUUUGAAAACGUCUUUUCAACUUCAAAUUGCCCAGAGCAUCAUUGACACUACAGCAGCUUCAGAACAAAGCUACGAUUCUGUUGCUACCCUGCAAUCUCUACCGAUAAACACAGAUGUCUUGAACGCCAUUUUGAAGCAAAACAAGAUUAAUAUGGACACUGAUGUUUCUGAUAUUCCCAAAAGACGGAGAAGAACAUCUUCUGCAAACAAAUCGGCUUUUCAAAAAGAGGAAGUUUCCUUGUUGGCUGAAGCCCACAUCAGGAAAAUCACCAUAAUUUUGGAAACGUUAGAUAAGCGUUUUGUGAAGGCUACACCGGAGCUACUUUACUCCUUGUUCUCCCUGUUAGCCGACUUAGAAGCGUUAGAUCAAGCUGGAGGCUUGCCAGUUUUGUAUGCACAAGAAACGCUGGCUUCAUGUAUGCUGAAUAUUAUCGAGUCGUUGAAGAAGGAAGGUUGUGAUAGCUUGAAAAAUAUCAGAUCAGAUAUUCUUGUAUCUGCUAUCAGAAACUCUCCGUCUCCUCAGCUACAGAACAAAUUGCUUCUUGUGGUCGGGGCGUUGGCUUCUCUCAGCCCGGAAACUAUACUGCAUUCAAUCAUGCCUAUCUUUACCUUUAUGGGUGCUCACAGUAUUCGUCAAGACGAUGCAUUUACCAUUAGAGUUGUCGAAAAGACGAUACUAACCGUUGUUCCCGCACUAUUAAACAACAAAGAAGUGUCUUCGAACGACGAAGCUGAAUUUUUGUUAAUGAGUUUUACCACAGCCCUUCAGCACGUUCCAAAACACAGAAGGGUUCAGUUGUUUUUUGUUUUGAUUAAAGCCUUAGGGAGUGCCACCGCCAUUGGUCCAUUUUUCUUUUUGGUUGCUCAUCAAUAUACACACUGCGUGGAAAUAUUCAAGCUGGGUGAGGCAAAGAGUAUAAUUGAGUUUUCUAAGUCCUUGUUAUCACGGUUUAGCGUUUCUGAACAGUUACAUGGUGUUACUCACUACUUUACUUUGUUAGAUCAGUUACUUUCUGGUUUUCACAAUGAUGAAAAGAAAAUUUUGUUACAGUCAGACACACUAUUUUCCAAUGGGAUUUUAAACAAGAACUCUUCAGAGUUGUUUACUUUCAUUCAGCAAGCUUUUAAUUUUAUUGACAAGAUUCUUCAGGAUAACGACUCCGAUUAUUACCAUUCCAAUGGAAGUCUGAAGAUGAGAAUUUAUUCCUGUUUACUCGAUAACACCGAAUCGAAAGAAACGGGGUUUAAAGUCAGAGAAGAUUUUGCUGGGGUGCUAGAAAGUGUUUUAACCUUUAUCAAUGAUUCCAAUAACUACUUUAAAUCUGACAAAGAGAGAAAUGUGAUUAUCUCAGUUGAUCAGAAGACAGAGAUUCGCAAGAGUCUAUUUAGUUUGAUGAAUAAUACCUUGAAAAUGCUACCGAUCAAUGACUUUGUUGAGAGCACGCUACCUUUAUUGACUAAGAGCUCUAACAAGGAUAUAAAGUACCACAUUGCCUUGGUGAUUGGCACUAAGUUUGAAUCUGAAACCCAAUCUGUUGCACCAUCUGCUUCUCUGGUUAUCAAAAUCCUGUUAGAAAGAAUUUCAGCAGAACUCGAAUAUGUGAAUGUUGCUCAAGUGAUGCUAAAUACAAUGUCGUCGAUGAUUGCAAGAUUUGGUAGCAGGUUAGACAGCACGUUGGUCACAAAAGCGCUCGCACUUACUACGAAAAAUCUUCAAUCUGAAAAAACUGAAAUUAAGAUUUCUUCCUUGACUUUAAUUAGCAAUGCAAUUCAGAUACUGGGAGUCAAGUCCAUUGCCUUCUACCCCAAGGUUGUUCCUGUCACGAUUAAUAUCUUUAAACAAUCUCAAUCCAAGGAGAAAGACUCAUUAACCUCACCUCUUCAAUUGAGUAUCAUAUUGCUAUUUGCCAAUCUAGUCAAGAGUAUUCCAAGUUUUUUGGUAUCCAAUUUGGGCGAUAUUCUAUCAAUCAUUUUCUUUGCCAAUGAAGUGGAAGUUCAGACGAGACUCGCUGUUCUUCAAUUGAUAAUCAAGAAUGUUGAAUCGAGAGAAGUUUUGAAGGUGCUAGCAAAGUCUUGGACGACUACUGUUGCAGACUCAGCCGACUCCGUUGCCAUUUCUCUGUACCUCAGCGCACUUGAAGGUACUACUGAAGAACUGGACAAGAGAUCUGCUACCUCCCAGUCCCCAGUGUUUUUCAAGCUUUUGUUAUCACUAUUUGAAUACAGAUCUACUACUUCGUUUGACAAUAACACCGUCAGCCGUAUAGAAGCCACCGUGUACCAGAUUUCUAAUGCAUACGUUUUGAAGAUGAAUGAUAAGGUAUUUAGACCAUCGUUUGUCUUGUUGGUCAAAUGGGCAUUCGACGGCGAAGGUGUUGGUAAUGCAUCGAUGGAUAAGAGCGAUAGGCUAAUUGCUUUUUUCAAAUUCUUCAACAAGCUACAGGAAAACCUGAAAGGUAUUAUCACAUCAUACUUUACCUAUUUGUUGGAACCCACCACUGAAUUGUUGAAGAGCUUUAUCAAGAAGGAUAUAACAAACGUGAAUCUUCACCGUUUGAUCUUGAACUCACUGAUCUCAUCGUUCAAAUACGAUAGAGAUGAGUACUGGAAAUCAACGUCAAGAUUUGAAUUGAUAUGUGAAACGCUUGUUGACCAACUAAAGGUGAUUGAGAACGUCAUAGGUAAGUACCUUGCUAAGGCGAUAAGUUCUUUGGCCGUGAACAACAGCGGUGCAGAGGAACACAACCAGAUCAUGAACAAAGCACUGUCCAACCACAUGAAAGCUACAUGCUCUUCUAGGGAAAAGCUGUGGGCCGUUAGAUCAUUGAAACUAAUCUAUUCCAAGGUGGGAGAGAGCUGGUUGACCCUACUACCGCAGUUGGUUCCAACUAUUGCGGAACUGCUAGAGGACGAUGACGAGGAAGUUGAGCGCGAAGUCAGAACAGGACUGGUCACUGUUGUGGAGAACGUUCUGGGUGAACCUUUUGAUAAAUACUUGGAUUGA